UAUGCUUUUUUUUUUUUCCCUUUUUUUUUAAAAGACCCAUUUCUGCCGGAGAAGCAUGAAGGGGUUCAUCGCGUGGGCGCUGCUGUGCGGGCUCGCCGCCGCCCAGCACCACCCUCAGCUGCGGCACGGCAGGACGGCCGUCGUCCAUCUUUUUGAGUGGCGUUGGGCGGACAUUGCGGCCGAGUGCGAGCGCUUCCUGGGGCCCAACGGCUUCGGGGGAGUUCAGAUCUCGCCUCCCAACGAGCACAUUGUUCUCGACAAUCCCUGGAGGCCCUGGUGGCAGAGGUACCAGCCCGUGGGCUACAACCUGUGUUCCAGGUCCGGUGACGAGCGGGAGCUGCGGGACAUGGUGGCGCGGUGCAACAACGUCGGGGUCAACAUCUACGUGGACGCCGUCAUCAAUCACAUGUGCGGCUCGGCCGGCGGCGAGGGGAACCACUCGUCCUGCGGGACUUGGUUCAGCGCCAGCACCAAGAACUUCCCCGAUGUCCCCUACAGCAGCUGGGACUUCAACGACCACAAAUGCAGAACAAGCAGCGGUGAGAUCGAGAACUACGGGGACGCUAAUCAGGUGCGCGACUGUCGCCUGGUGGGCCUCCUGGACCUCGCUUUGGAGAAGAACUACGUCCGCGACAAGGUGGCCGAGUUCAUGAAUGCGCUCAUCGACAUGGGCGUGGCCGGGUUCCGGGUGGAUGCCUGCAAGCACAUGUGGCCCGGCGACCUGGCCGCCGUCUACGGCCGCCUGCGCAACCUCAGCACCCAGUGGUUCGCCGAAGGCUCCAGACCCUUCAUUUUCCAGGAGGUUAUUGACCUCGGAGGCGAGCCCAUCUCAGCUUGGCAGUACUCCCACCUGGGACGAGUGACCGAGUUCAAAUACGGUGCCAAACUGGGAACUGUCUUUCGGAAAUGGCAUGGCGAGAAGUUGUGCUACACCAGAAAUUGGGGAGAGGGGUGGGGAUUCAUGCCAAACGGCAAUGCCGUCGUAUUUGUCGACAACCACGACAACCAGCGAGGGCACGGUGCCGGCGGCGCAUCCAUCGUCACUUUCUGGGACCCCAGACUGUACAAGAUGGCCGUGGGGUACAUGCUAGCCCACCCGUACGGCGUAGCCAGGGUUAUGUCGAGCUUCCGCUGGAACCGCCACAUUGUCAAUGGAAAGGAUCAGAACGACUGGAUGGGACCUCCGAGUGAUAGCAACGGAAGCACUAAGUCUGUUCCCAUCAACCCUGAUCAGACCUGCGGGGACGGGUGGGUCUGUGAGCACAGAUGGCGUCAGAUCAAGAACAUGGUCAUUUUCCGCAACGUGGUCGAUGGACAGCCUCAUACCAACUGGUGGGACAACCAGGCGAAUCAGGUUGCCUUUGGCCGUGGUAAUCGGGGCUUCAUCGUCUUUAACAAUGACAACUGGGACUUGGACGUGAACCUAAACACCGGCAUGCCGGGCGGCACCUACUGCGACGUCAUCUCCGGCCAAAAAGAAGGAGACGGGUGCACGGGAAAGCAGAUUCACGUUGAGGACGACGGCCGGGCCCAAUUCCGGAUCGGCGCCCGAGACGAGGACCCUUUCGUGGCGAUUCACGCCGAAUCCAGACUGUAAACGCCGGCUACGUUCAACAAAAAUAACACGAGCUAGGAACAAAAGUGCCAUUAAAGGGGCUUUGUGGUGGAAGGCUCGCCUCUGCUGUCUUCUCUUCUC